AUGGCCUCCACUAAAAUUGUGCAGGCCAACGUGAACCAUGCGAGAAAUGCGCAGGAUCUCCUUGCACAGACCAUGUGCGAGGAAUCCUACGGCAUAGCGAUUGUAGCCGAGCCGUACAACCCACCAAAAAACAACAACAACUGGGUUGUGAGUGAAGACGGCACGGCUGCAAUCGUCAGGAGGAAUGCAUCCGAUUCGCCACCGUUAAACCCCAAAGAUAAAGGAGAGGGAUUUGCGGUGGUAUCCUGGGGGCCCAUCACCGUUAUAUCGGUAUAUAUCUUGCCGAACAUGGAAAGAAGAAAGUUCGGCAAGAGGCUGAUGAACCUGGAGCGGCAGAUAAUUAAAAUUAAACACUCUGCCGGCCCCUUGGUGGUGGCGGGGGACUUCAACGCCAAAAAUGUGGCGUGGGGUUCCCCGCGCACCGAUUGGCGGGGCGGCGAGGUUUACGAGUGGGCGGCGCGAAGCAGACUCGACCUCCUUAACACAGGGAGGACAGAGACAUGUUGGAGGAGGCAGGGCGGGUCAAUAGUCGACUUAACGUGGGCGACCCGCACUGCCAGAAGACUAAUACACGGUUGGAGGGUGGAGACGGAGAAGGAAACAGAUUCUGACCACAGAUACAUCACAUUCUCCGUCUCCACUCUCACAAAGGAGGUCUUACAGCGUCGCCUACUCAGAGAGGCCGGCUCCAAGAGAUGGGCCCUCAGAAAAAUUGAUGAGGAUGCAUUCCUGGCCGCGAUAAACGCGGCCCUAAUAGUGGACAGUUCCCAAAGGGAAGGUCUAGAGAAACAAAGGGCAUGGCUGCAAAAUGUUAUAACACAGGCAUGCGACGUAGCCAUGCCCCGAGUGAAGAAUAGGCCUAAAAAACAGGCAUAUUGGUGGUCGCAGGAUAUUGCAGAACUGAGGCGAUCCUGUGACCAAGCAAGACGGAAAAUCCACAGGAGGAAAAGGCAAGCGCUGCUAGAUCCGGAAGGCCUGGAGGACGCGUAG